AUAGCUCUUGUUAACAAAAUGGACGUUUUACGACCUCCUCUUAUUAAUAUAAAUGGAAGAAUAUAUCGAAGGAACGUUGUUCAAGAAGAACAGUAUGAGGACGAAGAGGAAGAUUUCUCCUACAUGGGAACACCUGUGAGCGAGGAAUUCGAGGCAGAGGAAACCUGUGAUGCUCACUUGAUUGAACAGACUGAGAGAGGAUUCCGAUGUGCCAUCGACGUUCCAACUGUCUUGUACAAAUACAUCAUCGGUAAAAAGGGAGAAACUCGUAAACAGCUUGAGUUGGAUACAAAAACGUCGAUUAACAUCCCCAAACAAGGUGUGGAAGGACAGAUAGUCGUCACAGGGCCGCACAAAGCUGCAGUCUCCUCUGCCAUCACGAGAAUGGAAGUCCUCAUUGAAAACUUCCGGAAGAAGCAGCCUUUCACGCACUUCCUGUCGUUCCCCCUCAAUGACCCCAAAAUCCAUAAGGGAUUCUUGAAGUUUAAAGAUGAUGUCUUGGAGCAAUGUUCACAGGACCACGGACUCGAUGAAAGCAUCUUUCAGAACCCGGCAAAGCUUCACCUGACUGUCGGCACUCUCACGCUGUUGGAUGACUCGGAAAUUAAGAAAGCAUGCGAGCACCUCCAGAACUGUCAAAACUUUAUCAGGGACAUCACAGGAGGAAAGCCUCUGCCUUUACAGGUGGCGGGCAUCGAGUAUAUGAACGACGACCCCGCCAUGGUGGACGUCUUGUACGCUAAAGUCAACGUGACGGACGGCUCUGACAAGUUGCAGGUGAUUGCGGAUCACCUCGUGGAGUAUUUCGUCUCCGUGGGCCAAAUGACGCAAGAGUGGGACAGAGUCAAGCUGCACGCCACUGUGAUCAAUACCCUGUUCAGAAAAGACACCACUGUGGAAGAGGCCAGCGGGUCAGGAAGACACGGCAAGAAUGAGCGAGAGGCAUUUGAUGCCAGAAAUAUAUUAAAGACAUUUGGAGCUUAUCAUUUCGGAGAGCUGGAUCUGAACACGGUGUCACUGUCGCAGCGAUAUUCAGCCGAUUGCACGGGCUACUACGCCUCUGCGGGAAGCAUCAGCUUCUCCUGAGGUAUCGUUUGACAGACUCUUCCAAGCCUCCAUAUGGAUUUUCUUUGGGACAACAAAUCUUAUGUUUCCCUUUCUCAUAACCAUCAAGUGGGCUGCCACUGAAUAGAAAUGUGGAAUUCAUGCAAAUAAAAAUCAUGCCAAUAUCAACAUAACCUCCUUGGCAGAGGUAAGUGAAA